UGCAGUGUAGGGGUCCAUACCGCAAGGGGGCGCUAGUGUGGAUUCUCUCUUGUCUUUUCCUUGUCGAGAUCGCAGCAGGGCCAGAGGUCAGAGUUGAACGUUUGACAGAAAGCUGAACAUGGAUUCCAUAUUUCAUGAGAAACAAGAGGGCUCUCUGUGCGCCCAGCACUGCCUCAACAAUUUACUACAGGGCGAGUACUUCACUCCUGUGGACCUGUCCUCUAUUGCACAUCAGCUUGAUGAAGAGGAGAGGAUGAGGAUGGCGGAGGGAGGCAUGGCUAGUGAGGAGUACAGGACCUUCUUGCAGCAACCAUCCGGGAACAUGGAUGACAGUGGAUUUUUUUCUAUACAAGUUAUUAGCAAUGCUCUGAGAGUGUGGGGCUUGGAGCUAAUCCUCUUCAACAGCCGGGAGUACCAGAGCCUCAUGAUAAAUCCAAUAAAUGAGAAAGCUUUCAUUUGCAACUACAAGGAGCACUGGUUUACUAUCCGCAAACUUGGUCAACAGUGGUUCAACUUGAACUCACUAUUGACCGGACCAGAACUGAUAUCGGACACUUAUCUCGCCCUUUUCCUUGCUCAGUUACAACAAGAAGGAUAUUCCAUAUUUGUGAUCAGAGGAAACCUCCCAGAGUGUGAAGCAGAGCAAAUUCUUGGUAUUAUGAGAGUUCAGCAGAGCCACCGACCCAGGCUGAUUGGAGAAGAUGAAGCCCAGACAAGUGCAGGUAGGGCAGCAGCUCUUAGCCAAACAGAGAUGGGCUUUGGCGUGGAGGAUGAGGUUGUGGAUGAAGAUGAAGAGCUGAAGAGAGCCCUGGCACUCAGCAGACAGGAAAUAGAUGUAGAAGAUGAAGAGGCUGAUCUUCGCAGGGCCAUACAGCUCAGCAUGCAGGGAGCAGUGAUGAGCAACAAGUCUGAAGUGGCAGAUGUAAAACCAGGUAGUCAAGCAGUAGGGAGUGCAGAAGGACAAAGAGAAGGACAGAAUGAGACUCUCAGUGCUGAGGAAUUGCGGAAGAAGAGACAAGCCUACUUUGAUCGGCAGCAGCAACAAGCUCAGCCGAACAUUUCUCAACAACCAGACACAAAAUCAACAGGAUCAGUAAACCUGGACUCUGGGGAGGACCAACAACAAAAGCCCAGCCAGUGAGAUCGUAAAAGGUUUACCUGUAUUGUUUACCAGCUGUCUGGAUUUGCAACCCUGUAGGGGGUGGCUUUGCUCCUUCCUCUAACCUUUUUGCACAUGCGAACAUAAGGACAGUCAGAUGGCUGACACGUUUCCCCUGGUUAGUUCGCUGACAGGCUACAGAGAAGAGAACAAGAAAGGCAGCAGAUCAUCUACUCAACCUCAGCGAGGCACUGAGGUUGGGAAGAGCGUGACCACAGAACUCAUGAUGCAGUUAAUUCAAGUUUGCAAUUGCCUUUGUACCAUGGCGCCUUCUAUUUCUAUUCUAUACAGUUUUUUAUUCUUACUUUUUCUCUGAAAGAGAUAAAAAAGAAUCCUCAGCUGACAAAGGGUGUUUACUUGUCUGGGGUUGAUCACGUACUGAAAUUGGUCUUCGUUGACAGAGAAAGAAGACCAAUGUUUAGACCACAGAUCCAAACUUGAGGGAUUCUAAUAGAACCUCCUACCUUUGUCUGAACCCAGGUCACUUGACCUGGUUUGUAGGACGUAUGAUUGACAGAUGUGAUUUCCUGACACUUAAUGACAGUGUAGUUUUGAUAAUAUUUUUUUCUUGCAGUGUCUUGAAACGUCUGUUAGUGAGCAGCAGCAUGAUGUAGGGGGCAUUUAUUCCUAACCUCAACAGUGUGGACAUCACGAGUACAUUGCCAAGGCAUUUAGUCGACAGUAUAUAUUUGAGGUUGUCACUUUCUUAUUACUUUUAAGCAUAUAAGUAGGCAUAAUAAUAUUUCAGAAUACAAGAAGACUUCUAAUUUAAGUCUGUUGUCUAAUAGAUGACUGCAAACAGUAAUAGCAUCUGGCAUAGGAAUAGGUGAGAAGACAGUAAACGUGAUAGGAGCGAGUCGCAUGUGAGAUGACUGACGCAUAUUCUUCAUAUCAUGUCCAGAAUUUUACAUAAAUGGGAACAAAAAGCUACAAUGUUCAUUUAUUUCCAGCAGUUUAAAACCAAAAACAGUCCGACAUUAACCUACAUGUAUAUGAAUUCAUCUGUUUUUUGUCUUUGUCAGUAUUUAGGAGACUGUUUUAAUAUAAUUCUCCCUUAGAUGCCCCUUUACAAAACAGUUUCACUCUCAUGUUACAGCCUGGAAUCAUUUGGUUUAAUUGCACUGAUCUGGGUAAUGCUGCAUGCCAGUAUUUGACUGGGCAAACGUGUUAAAGCCACAGCAAGCUUUAACAGUGGGUUUAUUAGUAGACAUAAAGGUGACUGUUAUUUAACCUUGUGAUUUGUACAGUGAAAAUCCAAAGAAAGAAACACAGUGUGUCACCAUAUAACGUUUGAGUUGAUUGUAUUUUUUUUUUCAUCUAAAUUUAAACAUGUUUUAUUAAAGUUCUAUUCACUCCAGGGAACCAAAAUCUUGUUAUAUCAACGAUGUAUCAGCUUCAGCAUUAAUGACCACAUCACAGCAUUACAAAUUCAGUUUACAGUUAUUUUUUCAUAGCUGAUGUUCAGCGUGGCCAAGAGUAUGUUAGGCAAAGUGAGACUUUUUGUGCUGGACGACUUUCAUGAUUCCAUGAUUUUCUUUGUUUUUAAUUUCUUUUUUAUUUAUGUCACUUGUGAAUGAGUACGUGUUGAUAGUUGGGUUUAUAUGGAUUAUUUUACUCACUGGAUUCAUCAUUUUUGUUAUAUUUCUCACCCUCUCAUAUAAUGUGUUAGUUAUUGCUCCAGGAUUAAAGUAACAUUCAGUCCUAAA